GGCAUCGUAUCGUUGUGUCCGCAGUCUGCACGCAUGUGUUUUGCACCGUGGUUGUUUUUGCUUGACUGCGGUUUGUUUGUGACGACUGCACAACAUGGCAAGCCCAAAAAUACACGCGUACAUCGAGUUGCCAGUUGAUCACACGCUUUUCGAUGUCAAAUGGAUUCCGCACAGCGCCAAAUGCCUCGCGCUCGGGCGCCAGCCGAACGGCCGUGGACUUCUCCGCGUGUACGAGAUGAGCGGACAACGUUUGCAGCAGGUUCAGGAGGUCGAGCAGCCCCAAGGUAUCAAAUGCGGAACGUUCCGAGCAUCCAGCUGGGAGGAGCGCAACAUUGCCACGGCCGACUUCAAAGGACAGCUGUGCAUCUGGGACCUUGAGGAUCCAGCAGAGCCCGUGACGAACGUUAAGGCACACAGGCAGAUCAUCAACAGCAUCGACGGCAUCGGGGGCUCAAACGAUUCCCCGGUCGCACCAUCACUGGUCACAGGAAGCAAAGAUGGGUCCGUCAAGGUCUGGGACCCCAGGCAGACGCAGCCAGCGGUCGUCAUGGAACCACUUCCCGAGGAACGUCGCCAGGAUUGCUGGGCAGUGACCUUUGGAAAUGCGUACAGCACGGCAGGUCAGUGCGUCUGUGCAGGCUACGAGAAUGGAGACGUGAAGCUCUUUGACAUCAGGAACUUCAAGGUUUCGUGGGAAACGUGCAUUAAGUCGGGGGUGUGCAGCAUAGAAUUCGACCAGAGGUACAUCUACAUGAAUAAGCUGGUGGUGACCAGCACCGCAUCGCAGAUCGACGUCUUUGACAUGAGGACGCGGCAUCCCACGAAGGGCUUUGCUCGGCUCACUACGACGAAUCCUCAUGGUACUACGGUCUGGACGGUGCGUCAUCUACCGCAGGACAAGGACACCUUUGCAACCACGAAUGGAGACGGGUCCCUCAGCAUAUGGAAAUACUGCUACCCCGAAAAGCGAGCGUCCGAGGGCACAGACGGGUCGGUCCAGGGAGUUAUGGGGAGCCUGUCCCUGCUGUGCGACACCAAGUUGUCUAGUCAACCCAUCACCGGCUUCGACUGGAAUCCCCACAUGCCCGGGCUUUUUGCCCUGUGCGCCCUCGACCAGACGCUGCGCAUAGGCUUUGUCGCUGGCCUCGACUCCUGACUGGGCCCGUGACUUUUCUUUGUGGCGGUCUCCAUGUACAUAGUGCACAAUAAACCCUCUAUUUUGAACCAA